GAAGCAUGUCUCGCGUCCGCAUCGGGGAAGCAGCAUGGGCCAAGAUGCCGAAAGUUAAUGCCGAGUUCUUUGCGCUCACGUAUGGUGCGUUAGUGACGCAGCUUAUCAAAGACUUCGAAGACUUGAAGGAAGUGAACACGCAGUUGGAAGUGAUGGGGUAUGGCAUUGGUAUUCGUCUCAUCGACGAGUUCUUGGCCAAGUCUGGGGUGUCAGCAUGUGCGGACUUCAAGGACACGACGGAGGUUGUGGCCAAGGUGGCGUUCAAAAUGUUCUUUGGCAUCAACGUGGACGUGGUCCCAACCGACGCGGCGAACGUGUUUCACUUGAUUUUGUACGAGAAUCCGUUGUCAGAAUUCGUGGAAUUGCCGCCCCAUGCGCACGGCGUGCUGUCGUAUUCCAACAUUCUUUGUGGGGUUCUUCGAGGGGCGCUCGAAAUGGUGCAAAUGCGUGUAGAAGCCAAGUUCACCAAGGAUUCCCUCCAAGGCGACGACGUGACCGAAAUCAGAUUGGAGUUCAAGGGCACGAUCGAAGAAACCAUGGGCGACGAGUACAAGGAGGACUAGACUACUAGACUACUACUCUUCCUCAAAUGCAAGUUGACAUUUGGGAUCAACCUGUGGUUUUGCGACUCACGAACUAAAGAAUGGUUAAAGAGGCGAGCGGCAUGGUUCAUAUUACAGGGUCAGACCCCGGUUACAAACCCAGCAGCAGGGUUGGUAAAUACAAUGGCAAGGGUGGUGCAAUGUGUC